CUGUGUGAAACCAGAGACUAAACAUCAGGUUGGCUCCACAAAGCCUCACAGGAUUACAACAUAAAAUUAGUGACUAUGAUUAAGACCGAAAUUCAGGUACAUAUGGAAGAGGCAAAGAAGACUAACAAGCCUUAAGUAAAACAGUGAAGGAGCCAAAACAAGGAUGCGUAAUUUUUUAAGUGGAAUUAAGAAGGGUUGGUUUGUGGGAAUAUCAAGUCAAUCCUUUCAUUUAUGAAGCUAACCAAGGAGAUAAACUGGCUUUGGUCCUUUCAUUAAACUUCAAGCGUGAUGCUGUUUUAUUCAAGUCACAAAAGAACUGUGAAUAUGGAAGAACAAACUUCAAAUCAACUUCCUGUGCCAGCAACAAGACAGUAAUUCACUAAACCACACAAGCAAAGCAUCUACAGUGGGGAAGAGAGAAGGUAAACUGAUGUGGUUUGAUUAAACAAAUGCUUGCGUGUAUGUGCUCAAUUGCAAUUUGACAGUGGGAUUACGCAACAUAUUUCUGAGCUUCCAAACAAGCUGCUUCUUGUGGCAAACCUGUGAAAUCUACAUUAUGUCAGAUGCUCACCAUUUUUGCUGAAUUUAUGGAUCUUCAUGGAACUUAAUGUUUUGGUUCUGACUGACUCUGAUUUUUCUAACCUGAAGAUGAGCGAUUCAAAUAACUGCACAGGAGAUGGAUUUAAAUACAUGUUAUAUAGCAUAGUUUUCAGUAUUGUCUUCAUUUUGGGGCUGCUUUUCAACAUGUUGGCAAUGUACAUUUUUGUAUGCAGGCUAAAAGAGCGCAACGAGACCACAACGUACAUGCUGAACCUCGUAGUGUCGGAUACACUCUUCGUCCUCAGCUUGCCCUUCAGGAUGUUCUACUUCAUUAAUCAACAUUGGCCUUUCGGCAAAGCUCUGUGCAAAAUCUCAGUGGUCCUAUUCUACACCAACAUGUACGGCAGCAUCCUCUUCCUCACGUGCAUCAGUGUGGACCGCUUCCUGGCGAUUGUUUACCCCUUUGCAUCUAUGACACUCAGGACUAAGCGCAAUGCCAGAAUAGCCUGUUGUGCCAUCUGGGUCCUCCUGAUCUCAGGAGGAUUACCUGCAGGUUUUCUGAUGGAGACCACGUCUUCUCCGAACGGCAAGCAUAACUGUUUCGAAAACUACUCUAACUCUCAGUGGCAGUCCCAAGUGUCUAAAGUGGUGGUGUUCAUGGAGAUGGUGGGCUUCUUGAUUCCAUUGCUGAUAAACUUUAUCUGCUCCAUGAAGGUCCUGCAGACCUUACGACAUCCGGAGAGCCUCAACCGCGGUGGGCAUCUUAACAAGGCCAAGAUCUUGCGCAUGAUUGUGGUGCACUUGCUCAUAUUCUGUUUUUGCUUCAUUCCUUACAAUGUAAACUUGGUGUUCUACACACUUGUCCGAAGUAAGGUAAUUGAAAACUGCACUUUUGAGUAUGUGGUCCGGACUAUUUAUCCAGUCGCAUUCUGCAUUGCGGUGACCAACUGUUGCUUUGACCCUGUGAUCUAUUAUUUCAUCUCCGAGACGAUCCAGAACUCAAUUAAACGGAAGUCUUAUUCUGUCCAUAAAAACACAAUAAACAACACAAUAGAUGAUGAUAGUAAUAGAAUCGAUUCUGUGACUAAAAUCACAUCUUUACAAGUUAAAUUUAUCAGUGAUGAAUCUACUGUGUGACUUGUCAAAUGCCAGAGAAAACAAUUAUAUUUGUUAUAUGCCACUUGAAGAAAAUUAUAUGCUAUGAACAUUCUCAGUUGUUCGGCCAAUGCAAGCAAUGGUUUUGAGCAAAGGAUACACUGGACUCAAACACCUGACUGAUGACUGGUGAAAUUUAACACAAAAUGUAUUAAAGUUUAUCUUCUUGGUGCUAACUAAUUUGUUUACAAUUCAAUCUCUACUCUCAAUCUCAAAGCUCUAACAGAGAAAGGCUAUAUAAUAGAACUCAAAUAUUGUUUAGCAUUAUGUCCAUUCAUUUUGUUAUACAUGUAAAUCUUUAGUAUUAAUUCCAAUUAGAUGUCUAAUAAUAAAUUAAAUACCUGGCUUAUGUUUCAUAAUAUUCAUUAAAGUGACACUAGGGCCUAGUGUCUAAGUGACACAAGGGCCAAAAUAAAUUGAAUAAAAAAUUCCCACGAGAUGUUCCCAAGUAUCCUUUAAUGUUAAUUUCUCAGCAACUCUGUUUGGAUUGCUUUCUGAGUUAAGCCAUGAUUAAACUAAACAAAUUCCAUUAUAUCCAGUCUGAGAACAAACAGUGACAGGAAAAGGGAGUGACGUGUUGCACAGGAUGACAUGACAUUUGCUUCUGUCUACUGAUUAUAUCAGUGUAUUCCAUUAUUUGAAAUUAAGCCGAGGACAACCAAGUCUGCAGGGUGUGCUGCUGGGAUGUGCAGUAGUUAUGAUAUAAUUUCAUUUUCAUAUACAAAAUUUAAGUUUUUACUGUUUAAGCUGUAUCUGAAAAAAGCAUCAUCUCCUCAUAUUUAUUGAUGUUUAUUCUGUAACGUACCAUGAGCAAAGUUAUGUUCCAGGAGAGGAAAGGGGACUGGAUGAGACCUGCUCCAUCAACCAUACCUCAUUCCUGAGAUAAUCGCAUGCCUAGGGGCAUGUUUACAAACACUUUCUAAAAUCAAGCCGCUAAUGGGGGUUUUCAAAGUCUUAGAUAGUGGAAACUUUUGACAAAACCUACAAGACGAUUUACAUAUACAAGUAAAUAAUAAGCGAGAAAAAAAUAUUUUAAAAUAUCCAUCCAUCC